AUGAUUACAGCAAGAAAAACGAGGGGAACAACAACAACAACAACAACAACAACAACAACAACAACAACAACAGCAAGAGGAGUAGCAGGCAGAUCGAGGCGGCGGCAUGAACUACGAGGAAGUGCGGUGCGGCUGCCUGUGGGCCAAGCUGCACUACCUGACGCGGGUCGUGGGAGUCUCCACAUCACUGGGUUACUCGCAGUCGUCUUAUUCUUCCUGGAGACAACAUGGGCAGUGACGCUCUUCCUUCGCGUGUGUGUGAGGAACGAGGGGAGCGGGCUGCUGCGGUGCUGGUCAGGUGUGCUGUGGCUGGACACCUGGAAGAAGAGCGUGCUGUACUGGGCGGGCGGCGGAGUGUUCCUCGCCUCGCAGCACAAGCUUUGGCUGACUCCCGUGGCAGGAGGUCUACUAUUGGUCCUGGGACUCCUCCACCUCCUGCUGCUGUUCCGUAGGAGGUUGGAGACGAAGGAGGCGCUGCUGGAGUCCCGAGAGGAAUCCUACGACAGCCCCGACAGGUUCGAGGAGGAGCUGGACACGUCCCCCCAAGACGGUGCCAACGCCCACACUGACUCCGACACGGCCUCCACGCACGAAUAUAUACUCCAGGUGUAGCCCCCAUCCCUUACCCCUUACCGGACCCCUCCCCCCUCAACCCUGUACCCAUACCUUCCCUAUACCAGUCCAUCCACUUCUUACCUCUCCUCCGCUUCCUUCAUUCCACUUCCUGCCUUUCCUCCCCUUCCUGCCUUCCCUUCGUCAUUUCCUACUUUGCUUCCACUUUCUCAUUUCCCGACAUUUUUUUAUCUUCUUUCAAUUUUCUUUCUUCUUUCCCAUUCCUCUCUUCUUUCCACUUCCUACCUUUACUUUCUUCCCUCCACUUCCUUCCGACCACAUCCUAUCUUCCCUCUGCUUCCUAUUUUCUCUCUUUUUUCCUCCCUUCUCUCCAAUUUAUACCUUCCCUCUACUUCUAAUCUUCCUCCACUCCCUUCCUCCCCCCUACUUCCUUGCUUUCCUUCACUUCUCACCUUCCUCCAUUAUGCAGCUUCCUUCCCUCCACUUCCUUCCGACCACAUCCUAUCUUCCCUCUGCUUCCUAUUUUCUCUCUUUUUUCCUCUCUUCUCUCUAAUUUAUACCUUCCCUCUACUUCUAAUCUUCCUCCACUCCCUUCUUCCCUCCUACUUCCUUGCUUUCCUUCACUUCUCACCUUCAUUAUACAGCUUCCUUCCCUCCUACUUCCUCCACUCCCUUCUUUCCUCCAACUUCCUUUAUUUCCUCCCCUUCCUACCUUCCUUCACUUCCCACCUUCCUCCAGUAUACAGCUUCCUUCACUUCUACCUUCUCACUAGUUUCCUCCCAUUCCUGAGUUUCCUUUCCCUUCACUUACUGUUUCCCCUCCACCACCUCUUUCUUCCCUUCCCAUCAGUUUCCUCCCAUUUUGUUUUCCUCUCCCACUAUCUCUUUCUAAGUAUCCAUUAUUUUUCUUUCCUCUCCCUCUUCCUGAUUCUCCUCCAUAUCUUUCUUUCCUACUUCCUGCAUUCCUUUCCCGUUAUUUCAUCCCUUCUCUCCAUUUGCUUCAUACUUUCCCUUCUUUUCUCCUACACUUCCUGUCUUUCAUUCCCUCCACUCUCAACCCCUACUUUCCCUUCACUCAUUCCCUUUCACUUCUUUUCCCUUGCACACCUUUCCCACCCUCCCCUUUCCUUCCCUCCCUUUCCUUCACCCAUUCUCUUUCCCUUCAUUUUCCUAUACAUCUUCAUCCCAUUCCUUUAACUUCCCAUUCCUGCCUUUCACUUCCCUUAACACCUUUCUCUUCCCUCACUUUCCUCCACCCAUUUUCUUUCACUUUCCUCUUACCCUCUACACCCUCCUCCUCUCCCCUCCCUUUUCUCUCCUUCAAUUUCUCACCGGGGAGGAAAAAUCGCACUCUUGGGCCUCUAAUUAACCUGACAGAAUAUAAAUCACACCUGUCUUUUUAGCGGGAAAGGGUUAAAUGUCUUGUUUACUAAUGGCGGCUUAGUGCGUGUUGUGGGGCUGGUGGUGGUGGUGGUGGUGGAUGGUGAUAGCGGUGGUGAUGGUGGUGUUGAUGGAUUGUGGUGUUG